AUGGACCCUACCUCCCGUUACCGUUUCCUCGGCAUCCCCUCCUCGUCUGCCUCCUCCUCCUCCGUGGCCGACGGAAAUGGUGACAGUAAUGGUAACGGUGAUGAGCUUAACGAGGAUGAUAUUUUCUGGACCAACGAUUCCACCGAUCAAAGCCAAAGCAAUUCCUCGUCGUCCUCUCCAACAACCACCGGCGCCGCCAACCACCAAAAUAAAUUUAACCGCCACACAGUUUUUCCUAAGAACUCGGGGAUUCUCGCGGCUUUACCCGAAUCCAACCACAACGGGGUUCUUUGCCGCAAGCCUUCACUUCCAUCAUCAUCUUCUUCUUCAUCCUCGUCUAGAGCAAUCCCAUUAAUUCCGAGGUCGCCGCACGUGGCGGAAUACGCGUCGCAGUCGGUGCCGUUAAGGAAAUUGAACCAAUCGGCCCCGAUGAAUGUGCCGGUGUUGUCGAUUGCUAUGGCGAAACAGAGGAAUAGCAGGUUUAAGGAGGAUGAUGAUGGUGAAUUUGAUGGAGAUGAAGAAAUGUUGCCACCUCAUGAGAUUGUGGCACGAGGAUCGAGGCGGUCGCCGAAGACAACAUUUUCGGUGCUUGAAGGUGUUGGGAGGACGUUGAAAGGAAGAGAUCUGAGACAGGUUAGGAAUGCUGUUUGGCGUCAAACUGGGUUUCUUGAUUGA